UACAGCUGUGAGUGGAGGUGUGCUGUUCACUCUGGUGUAGUCUCCCUCCUGCUGCUGUGUGCGUGUUGUCAUGUGCAGUGUUCGUUAGGCAUCUGAUAGUAAUCAAUAUGCAAAGCCAAAAUCAUACUACGUUGGAUGAUAAAUUCCCAAUGAAUUUUGGGAGUUUCGAUCCUGAUAAUCUAUUUUCAACUCACAUGGGGAAUAUGGGCGUCGGCAUGAAACGUUCCGCCCACGAAGCUGGGCUUGACAGAGAAGCUAUGGGAUUGUCCUCUGAUGAUGAUACUGAUUUUAUGAAGAAAGAAGGUGGCUUAAAUGCAUCGUCUAGUGCAAGAGAAAAUAUGAUUCAUCAACAAACGUCCUUAGACCAACCUCAACAGAAGCAAAAUUUGUUGCCAAACGGAAAGAAAACAAAAGGCAGAGUCAAGAUAAAGAUGGAGUUCAUAGAUAAUAAGUUGAGAAGAUACACUACGUUCUCAAAGAGGAAAACGGGAAUAAUGAAAAAAGCCUAUGAAUUGUCUACACUGACGGGCACACAAGUCAUGCUACUGGUGGCAAGCGAGACCGGCCACGUGUACACCUUCGCCACACGCAAACUUCAGCCCAUGAUCACUAGUGAGGCUGGCAAAGCUCUGAUACAAUCCUGCCUUAACAGUCCUGAUCCACCAUCAUCCCACCAGUACCAUCACCACGACCAACGCAUGUCCGCUACAGGCUACGAGGAGACAGAGCUCACCUAUGCCGUACCAGACGACGACAACUCUAAGAGCUGCGAGGUUGGAGCAGCUACAGCCGGCCAUGCUGAGUACUCUUUGGCAGCGUCGUCAUCCGCGUCCGAAUGUUCCUCCGCUCCAGCCUCUCCUGGCGCCUCCCCUCCACCGCACGACGACGCGCUCCAAUCUCGGAGGAGAGACAGAGACGGUUUAUCAUGCAUCAGCAGCGAUGUGGCUUGCGCUGUCAGCAAAAGCAGCGGCUGUAACAUCGUCAGCAGCGUGCAGUUGCCCUCAGGUCUGCUUAUCACGCCCACGCCGCCUCCUUCUACGCUUGAAGGCGCCGCUGUGGUGAGCAAUGCGAUGUAUGCGCCUGCAGCAGACGGUGUCGCCGCGCCCCUGUAUCUUCCUAUACGCUUCGCGCACAACAUCGUAUCGCUUCCACGAGCCGAAGUAAAGCGCUCCGAAGAUUCGUCACCGAGUUCCGCGAACCGCAACAUUGCGAUGGGAUCUACCAGCGAUCUCGCUAGCGUGAUAAACAACAGCAACUUCAUCAGGAAACUUGCGAGCAACGACCUCAGCAUCAGCACGAGCGUUGUUACUUCCCUCCAACGCCCCUCAGACGCAUGCAGCGUUAUAGGCUCCAGUAGCUGUAGUAACACAGGGACGUUCACUGGUAGCGUUAUAAACCAGACGAUCGUUGAUGGUAAAAGAUGUCGAGUCAGCAUAAGAAGUCAAGGUGCACAGGAGUAUCAUAGUGAUAAAGCCAGUGAUUAUGGCCAAAACAACGCCGGCAUUUUCUUGGAUCUUAUCAACCGCGGUGCUGACAAUGCUAAAUCUAAUGAUGCUUCUACGUUUUCCUCUAAUCCUCCGUGCGGUACGAGUGUUAGUUCUGGUCAGAAAAUUGCACCGAUGCCAGCAAAUGUUGCAGGCUCGAUCAGUGUCAGCCGACACUAUCCCAUUGCUGCCAACCCGUCUAGUUCCAAUACUGUCAAUCGACCAAGAUCUACCAAUCGAUCACCCCCGUCUGCCAGUAAAUCAAGCUCAACUGUCAGCCGAUCGAAUGCCACUGCCAGUCAAUCAAGUCAAACUGCCAGUCAAUCAAGUAUAAGUGCUAGUUUAUCAAGCCCAAGUGUCAGGCGAACUAAUUCAACUGGCAAUCGACCAAAUUCAGCUGGCAGUCGUCCCAACACAACUGAGGGACACCUGAGUAGUCUUGAGACAUCUAGCCAGCCCAGCCCAAAACUGGUCGCAGAAUUUCGCCCGGAAAGAAGUUCCUGUGCCAAGUGGCUGCUCAGCGACGACGAGGAGGAGGAGGACGAGGGCUCGACACUUCGAGAUGACGAAGAGUCAACUCGUCGAAACGAUGACAACGGAGAUAGCGAUGUCAGUUUCCAACAAGCUUUCCCGACCGACUUAUCCAUGAACGUCAAGCGCAAGAAGUGAAUAAAUGAUUAUGAAUUAAUGAACAAACCAUAUCAUAUUGUUUGGACGAACCAUAUAUUAUCUCGAAUGAGCAAACCAUAUUUUCUUGAACGAGCGAACCAAAUUAUCUUGAAAGCUUUAACCGUAUUAUCUUGAAUGGGCUAAUCAUAUUACCUUGAAUGUGCAAAACAUAUCAUCUUAUUUGGACGAACAAUAUUAUCUUGAAUAGGCAAAAUAUAGUACCUUUGAUGGGCGAACCAUAUUAUCUUGAAUAAGCAAAACAUAUUAUCUUCAUGGUUUAGCGAACUUCAUUCCCUUGAAAGGACAAAAUAUGGUCGCUUUUAUAUAUGAACCAAGCAUUCUUUAAUGGAUGACAUGCACACUGGAAUAAGUGAACUGACGUAGAUGUGCCGCCUCCAUCCCUGGCGCGGACGUGUCGCCCUGACAGCCUGAGAAGAUAGAGCGUUUCCAGUGGACGAUGUUUGCCUGUCUUGCGCGUGAACUUUGCCAGUUCAAUGAAAAGUCUGCCUCAAAAAUAGAUUGUACCUGACAUCGGGUUCUUAUGUUCUAAAAAUUAGUGAUCAGCUAUUGUUUGCUGAAGAGAAUGUGUUCAACUUAUACUUCUCACUAUAUUUAUAGUUUACUCCUAUUCAUACAUUGCUAUUUUUCAACCUUGAGCUUUUUCAGUGGUAUAAUUGUCUAUUUUUGGGCUUUAUUGGCAUGCUUAUUUGUCCAACUUUCCCAGCGAUCUUCAUGAAUUAACUUUGCUGAUUAUUUAUCAUCCUGAAUUAUAAUCCUGCAGCUCGCGUAGUUUUCAUAACAAACUUUUAUUGACUUUGAUAAUAUGUUAUUGUAUUGAAAAUUACCUUUAAAUCGGAUUUGUAUCCAAUUAUAAUUAUUUCCUGAGCGAUAAUUUAAUACGGGAAAUAAGAAAAUUUCGUGUUUGUUCAUGCCUUGCUAUAUGUGUUGUAAUCACUGAAUAUCCCGACCGAGAUUCUACUAUUUAUAAUUAAAGUUAAAUAAUGUAAAUUGUAAAUAAUGUUGUUCAUGGGAAUGUACGUGCCUUCCUCCUGCGAGUUUAAAGAGCGCUUUUGUCUUGUAAUUUUUUGUAACAGGAAGUCAUUGUUUUCACUGAUGAUACUCUCAGGAACGUUGAUUAUUAUACCAAUUAUUAACCAUACCAGACCCAUCGCCGGUUAUAUUGUGCGAGUUAUCCUGCAGUCAAGCUACAAAUAUUCAGUUUAUUGGCGGAGUUCUUUGAGAUGUUAUUAAGACUUGAAAUAACUUUUGAGUGUUAUUACGAGUUGAAAUAACUUUCGAGAGCGACCUCUUGUCUUGGAGAUUUUGCCCAUCUUUGUUCCUUAUCAGUCUUGAUUUGCAGUCUAGCUAGUGGCUUUUUCAGCAAGUUAUUUGGUCGUUUUCUCACCUGAAUCAUGGAGUUUAGAAUAACUCAUGCAAAUGCUCGUUAUUUCGAUGCAUUAGUAGCUGAUCAUGCAAUUGAGUUGUUAUCUAUUAUUAAAACGUGCCUUUACCACUAAUAUAAUAUUGCUAGUUGUUAUGCCUUAACUCUUUUUUAUGAAGAGUUGUUUACCACUUCUCUCCUCGACCUCAUGGGCAUUUCACUUGUAGGUCAAUGACCGUACGCAUUGUUGGAUGAUAAAAAAAAAGCGAUUAUUAAUCUAAGAAAAUUGUUGCGAUUCACAACCUAUUUUUCAGGCAAAAAGUUUUUUUACUCUUUAAACUAUUUAACAAAAUGUGUAUUUCAUUGCGUUUCUUCAGUAUUUACUGUUAGCGAACUUAACCUCCCUUGUAUAACUCCCAACGCUAUCUUUGUUAUAAAUAAGAAUGAUCGUGGUUUUAAUCCCAUUUAAUUGCGGGCGAUUAUCAGCUCGAAUUUAUACCACUUGCCAAACUUAAAGUUUAGAACGGAACUCUUUUUUUUUUAACCAUCAUCAAUGUUAUAGAACAGUAUUGUGAACGUCGUUUGUGCUUUAGAGUUUGUUUGCGGUGAUAGGGAACGAGCUUAUACUUUACGAUGAAUAUCAUGGGAAUUUAAAUAAAAAAUGAGUUAUUACUAAUUU